AUGACUACUACCUCAGGCGUAGUGCCACACCGACCAGAAAUCGUGCAUGCUGGGGUGUCAGGCGAUGGAGAGAUAUCAGUGGAAGUCAGUCUUGUGACCGCUGACGGCGAUGUGCCUGUAGAACUGUUGGAAUGCGACGCCGAUGGGCUCGUCGCCAGCCUCUCUUCGCCCAGCGCUUCGGCGGUGAAUUCCGUGGUGUUCACCGAGCUCGCCGUGGGCAGCACCAUCGGCAACAUCCGGUGCACCGCCAGCAACGCCGCGGGCACGUCCGAGCCGAGCAUGGCCUGGCCCACCGCCCUGACGGUGGUGGGCCUCCCCGGCCUGGAGUUCGCGUGCCUGAGGCCCAGCUCCGCGCAGGUCGAGCUGGGCAUCGAGCUGCCGACCGGCGCGGGCUACGACGAGGUGGUCAACCUGAGCUGCGGCCCCGCCUCCGGCGGCGCCCAGGCCCCAGCGCAGGCCACAGGCGGGGGCGCCUGGCACGCGACGGUGGGCGGCUGCCUGCCCAACCUGCAGGCCUUCCAGGUGUCCUGCGAGCUGCAGACCCGGCACGGGCUGCGGGCGAGCGCGGCCCGGGAGGUGACCUGCGGCCUGCCCGUGCUCUGCACCUACGCGCUGGAGGGCGGGCCGGGGCCUGCGGGGCCCGCUGCGGAGGAGAGCCUGCGGCAGCUGGUGGCCGCGGAGCUGCGGACGCCCCCGCUCUACGUCCGCACCAGCCUGGCGCCGCUCGGCGAGCCCUUCCGCAGCUGCGCCGGCAGCAGCACCGCGACCGGCGGCCUCAGGAGGCUGAGUGAGUUUGCGGCCGCCGGAGCCCAGCUUCUCGUGGAGGUGCUGGUCGAGGACGAGUCGGACUCCAACAUUCCGGCGCUCCUCGACGGCCUCCGCAGGCUCGCAGCCGACGGCGUGCUGGCAUCGAACACGUCCGCGACCGUCAGCAUCAUCAAUGGGCCGCUGGUUUCGCACCCGCUCUUCUUCGACUCUUCCCUGGAGUCGCUCGCCGUGGAUCCGGGCAUUCUGUCCCCCGAGUUCGACCCGACUAUCUUGCGCUACUCCGCCAACGCGACGGAUCGCAGGUACAGGAUCACGGCGAAGGCCAGUAGCAUCUUGUCCUCCUGGGCCUUUGUGGGCGGCCACGAGGAGAACACGAUCACCGCAGUGGCGCCGGCCUCGCAACUGAUCACCGUGACUGUGACGGCUGGGGACUUCUCGACGACCUCCUACGAGGUGGAGGUAUUCUUCCAGCCCCUCGGCUGCGAUGGCCACUGUGGCCGCGGCACUUGCGACCAGCUGACCGGCAGCUGCAGCUGCUUGGAGGGCUGGUACGGCGCGAGCUGCGCCAGUUAUUGCCCCGGGGUGCCCGCCUGCAGCGGCCGCGGCGCGUGCAGCCAUGACACCGGGCGCUGCGAGUGCGACAGCACGUACGGCGGAGACGCCUGCACCACGCGGGUGUGCCCGGCGUGCCUCAACAACGGCGUGUGCCUCGAGGGCCUGCAGGCGCCCGAUGCCGACUGGGGGUGCGGCUGCCCCGAGGCGCACGCGGGGGAGCUCUGCGAGCGGUGGAGGUGCCCCUCGGACUGCUCCGGCGCCGGGGACUGCGAUGGCGGCAGCGGGCUCUGCUCGUGCUACCCUGGCUACAGCGGGGCGGACUGCGGCGUCAAGGAUGAGACCCUGUACCCCAUUCAGUUCUGUCUCGACGUCACGCUGGUGUGGGGCAUCCGGGGGUACCGCCAGGGCGGCGGUGACCUGCUUCCCGAGCACGACCCGCUGUUCACGCUGGACGCGGCAACGCAGCAGUGGCUCCUGGACACGUGCGCGGCCGCGCGCGCCGACGGCGCGCUGCGCGUGCGGGGCGAGGUGCAGUGCUUCAUGGAGGCGCUCAGGUCCUGGCGGUACCAGAGCGACGCGUCCUUCCAGCAGGGCGACCUCGUCUGGGCCGACCUGGGAGGUGUUGGCAUCUCCGCCUUGCUGCCCGACUCCGUGGCGCUGCCCGCGGCCGGUGGUCCCGUCACUGAAGAGCAGGUCGCCCUGCUCGCGUCUGAGACAGGCCUCGAUGUCGAUGCGCUGAUUUCGAUGGGUCUCGUCGUGCCCGUCGCGGGCGCCAGCUUCACGGCGGCAUUCCCUAUUCCGCAGACGUUGGUCUCGGAGAAGAUCGAGGAAUUCUUCAACGUGGGCCGCCUGAGAAAAUUGUACGCUGCAGACGUUGGCACAGUUGGACUCGGUUACUUGGGAAGCGUAACCUACGUAAGGCAGAGGUUGGCCAUCAACGUUCCUUCUGAUGCCAAUUUGCAGGAGCUCGAGGAGGAGUACCAGAAGUGGGUUUCGUUUGUGGAGGCCAGGAACAUGGCGGCUCCGCUGGGCGGGAAGAUGAUCAUUGUCUCCCCGUGGAUCAUUCGUCUGCUGGCAGAGCUGGACGUAGUGUCUUCCACGCUUCGGACGAUUUCUAUGUCCGUGUGCGGUUGUUUUGUUAUCGUGGCGAUAUUCACCAGGGAUUGGCUGCUCUCGCUCUACACCGUGCUGACGACCGUGAUGUCAAUCUUGUCGCUGCUGUUUUUCAUUGUGUGCGUCUUCAGAUGGGAGUUCGGGGCAAUCCAGGUCAUCGGCUUUACGACCUUCAUCGGGCUGGCUGUGGACUACACAGUGCACACGGUCCACGCUUACCAGAUGUCUGACAAGCCCGACAGACGGAGUCGAGUGACAGAUGUUCUCAAGCACGCUGGAAUUGCGAUAGUUGGCGGAGCGCUUACAACAGGUGGAGCCACCGUGUUCCUGCUCCCGUGUUUGAUUCUACCAUUCUUCCAGCUCGGCGUCAUGCUCAUCCUCAAUACGACCAUCACCGUGUGCUUGACGUUUUUCUUUCUGAUGCCCGCGCUGAUGAUAUGUGGCCCCAUGGGGCAGUGUGGACGAACACUGCGUGUGCUGUUCUGCAUGGGGAAGCCCCGCCCACCUCCUUCUGCAGACGAGGGUGCCUUCGAACCUGCAGACGAGAAUGCCUCCGAAGGAAAUGACGAAGGAAACGAUGCUGAGAGAGCUCCUCCGACGUGGGCCCAUAACGCCGCUCCGACAAACACCUCCCUCUAG